UGGGAGAAUGGCGGGAAGAGGAAGCGACGAUGACAAGGAGGUAGAGAAUGAGGAAUUGGACAAAAAGGGAGAGGUGGCUGAACUUCGAGUGUGGUGGGUAAUGCGGCGGGUGUGUCACCUCCUAGGCUACACCCAAGAUACCCGCCAGCCCAUGUUGACCUGGCCUCAGUAUCCUGACCACCACCACCCAACUGCACUUCUCUCCAGGUUCCUGGAUGAGGCAGCAGCGGGUGCCUGUCUGUUUUUCUGGCAGGAACAAGACCUCAACAAUGACCUGGAUGCCCCAACUGCCCCUUAUCCUGCAGUCUCCAAUACUGCCACGAUGACGUUUUCCUGGAAGUUUGAUGAUAACGCCGUCGACGACACCGAUGAUGACAAUGGAGAUCAUGGAUUUGUUGUGGAGACAUAUACACAGGUGGUGGGCGCGGACUUGGUACUGCAGGUGCAGGAGGGAGCGUUCCCUCCAGUGGUGGGGUGCCCAGGAGUACUGCUGAAGAAGGUGGCGGAGGGCACCGUGCAGGAUGUGUCUGACACCACUCAGGCCCAGGAGCUCCUCCCCCACUUCCUACAUGUCACUUACCUCCAUGCACACACCCAUCUUACCCUUUACUCCAUAUUCAAUGAGGUGUACAUGCCGUUGUGUGAGCGGCUUGGCAAGAGUGACAGAACAACCUACCUCGCUUCCCUCUCUCACAACUUCUCCCGAUUAAGCAAGUUGCGGUUGCCUGACCCACCUCUCGACUAUGACUCUGAUGAGGAUGAAGAGGCUCAGAAGCAGGCAGUGCCCGUAGGAAUCAUGAGGGAGACUGGGAGUGACACGGAGGACCAGAAGAGGGAGCAAGGAGAGAAAAAGGGUGAUGAGGAAGAGGAGAAGAAGGUAAAGAGCCUGAGGACUCUCCUGUUGAACAACGUCAAGAGAAUGAACAAUAAAUACUCGCAGAUGGGUGGUGACGUCACGCUGGAGGAACUACGACACACUUGGACUAACAGCUUUAUGGAGCUUUCUGCCUCUCUUGCCCACAUCUACAACCACCCAUUAUUGAAGAAUAGAGAGGAAGAGGAGGAGGAAGAGAGGGAGGAGGUUGAGGCACUGCAGGAAUCUGUGGUGGCUGUAGCUGACCAGCACAAUGACCUUAGUGAUUGUAACAGGUCACUCUUCUAUCUCCAUAAGUUCAUCAAGGUGGUGAAUGAGGGAAGACUUGAGACUCUGGCUGGGCAUGCCGUCGCACUUCUCGAUGUCCUGCUUCUGGUGUGGCGCCUUGGACGACGACGUGGCAUCAGCGGCAAAGUCCAGUUGAUCUUAGAGUCUUCAGUGGAAAGUCUGGUUGAUCUCGUAACCCAUGAGCUCCGACCUGUUAAUUUGCUGCCCUCCAACAUGCGGGAGACACAACCCUUCCUGGACUCCCAUACACGGGUAACAGAAGCUCUUCAGGUUGUGGCCGAAUGGGAAACUGCUGUUGCUCAAUGUGCAAAGACAGUUUUUGUGUCAGCUAAACGCCAGAGGGAUGGUAGACAGGAUUUUGAUCCUAAGAAAGUUCUUAGUACCAUUGCCAGCCUUCGUUCUGUGUGUAAUGAUCUCGGUGAUAUUAUGAAGGUACUAUUGGAGGCCCAGGUUGGGUUUUCUGGAGAAUGGUCAGCUCUGAUCCGUGUGCAGGAUCCUGACCAGCUGAAAGCCAUCACAUCACAAGUGUUACGAUGCCUUACUGCUUAUGACUUCAAUAUCUUUUCAACAAGGAACCAAGAUCGCUGGGUGAGGCAGAAGGAAGAUUUCCAAUUAGCAGUGCAAAAGUGGGAACAGGCAGUCUCCAGUGCCAUCACAGAGAGUUUUAAGGACAGAAUGACAUCAGAACUGGUAACAGCAGUUGCUGGUGUGCUGCAAAAGGAGCCAUGUAGAGAAAAGUUCCGUCAGAUGCUAAUCUCUCGUCUCCCUGACCUCCUCUCUGCUUUUGCUGCUGAGGUGAAGGGCAUCAGAGCUGAUUUCAAGGCACAGCAGCAGAUAGAGCGGCCUGGGACUCAGGCGCCAUUGUCAGGACGUGUGCGCUGGAUGGCCACCUACCUCACUAAACGCCUUGCAGCUUGGACAACACUGAAGGCUCUUUACUCUCAGUACCAGGUAGUGAAGAUUGCCUUAAUAUUCAAGUGA